AUGGGAAUUCAUGCAAGUACUACUGACUUUUAUCUCUUGCUGAGAUGGAUUAAUAAGAGAGCUGGAAGAUCUCAGUUCAGGAAGAAUGUGGCUAUUGCUGCAGUGUGUGCAGCUGUAUACAAGGUUUGGUGUGUGAGAAACAAAGCGUUAUGGGAGCAAAAGGUGGCUACAGUGGAUUCCAUUGUCAAGUAUUCAACAGGGGUUAGUCUCCAUCCUAGAUGGUGUGUUUCCUCUAUAUUUACCUUUGUACGGCAUCUCUUACAAGCCGGUAGGGAGGAGGCACGUGACCAAACCAAGAGGUCAACGGGUCGCUAUCAAUCGGGUAGGACCCAUUUGUCCGAUAUCAUCAGGAUAACAGCAGCACUCGACCAGCAAGACAUCUCCAACCGUUCCCAAAUCCUACCGGAACAAUUGGCGCUAGAAGGAGGGGAUUUCCCAACCUUGUCAAGUAAAUCAGCCAUCAUGGAUACCAACAACAAAAAACCUAGAAAAAACAACAAUCUCCCACAAUCAGCAGUGAUCACACCAACAUCAGUAGCACAACCCGCAGUCAAACCUUCUCUCUUACCUGUCUCAACCAGCCAAGUCACACCACUUACCGAUCCUCCCCCAAAAACACUCAAGUCACAGAUAAGCAUUGCCCCCCCAGGUUUUGAAGACCCGAACGACGUGAUCAUAGAGGACGAAACGUCCAUGGAAGAAAGGGCACAGGAUUCCCCAUCACCCCCACAGAUUCAGAGCAACCUCUCGGCGUUGUCCCAAAGGUUCACACCACAACAGCUGCUGACGGCGUCGGCCGUCAUGAAAGCAAUGGCUGAACUGUCCUCAAGGAGGACAGAGGGAAAUCAGAUCGUGGUUACCGGCAAUCGCCCGGGUGCGAUGCCGGUUAGAAAUCUCUACGAAACCCUAGAGCAUGAAGUGGUACUGCCAGCACAACCUGAACCAAUACUUGUACAGAGCGAAAAUCCGGGUAGAAGAAAAAGGCAUAGCUCUCGGCGCAGAGAAAGGUCCACUAGACGCCGAGAGUCGGUGUCAGAGCAAGAAGGGUCGUUUCCUGCUGGUAGGGAAUCGACACCGUAUCACGAAGAGUACAUCGUACAGUCUCCACAACCAGGUUGGAAUAGAUAUGAAGGAUAUCUACCUCAUCAGGAGCUGAUGAGGCGAACCAUACACCCCAAAGACUCCCCACUCUGCAGGGGUAUACUGGAGCAACCUAUGGAGAAAGUAAAGAUGCCGACGUGCAAAUACAACGGAACCACAGACCCCGAAAAUCACUCCACCGCUUUCGAACAACACAUGAUGCUGUAUUCUGACUCAGAUGCCAUGUGGUGCAAAGUGUUCCAAACCACAUUAUCAGGGGUGGCAGCCGAUUGGUAUAAGAAGUUGCCGGCCGGAUCGAUAUUCAGUUUUUGGCAGAUUCAAGAGGACUUUGUGAGGCGGUUCAUUAGCAAGGUUGAACGAAAGAAAACAUCUGGAGAGCUGAUGUCAAUCUCACAAAGGCCGAAAGAGCCGCUGAGAGAAUACCUUACUCGUUUUAACAACGAAUCCAUCACAAUACCAGAUUUACAGCAAGAAAUAGUCGCCUUGGCUCUGUUGAGAGGGAUGCAGGAAUGCGAGUUCAAAAGGUACCUGGGAAGAAAAUCAUUUACCUCGCUGGGGGAGGCCUUGAGAAAAGCAAAUGAGUAUAUCAGGAGUGAUGAGCUGAUGCUAAUAUCACCCAUGGGGGGAAAUCAGGCAGUACAAUCGGCCAAGAAGGAUCAUGUUCCCAUACAGCAACACAAUUACCGGAAAGAUAACGGUAGAAAGGAGGGCCAUCAGCAGAGAGGGGGAUAUCCGAACAGACAACAGCCGGUAGGGGCUUACCAGGUGUACACUCCCCUGAACACCGCCAGAGCCACGAUCUACGCAGUAAAUAAAUCGGCAGCGUGGAGAAAACCGUUACCGAUGGAUGCCCCAGGUAACAAUAAGAACUUUUGUGCUUUUCAUAAUGAUCAUGGUCAUUACACGGAGCAUUGCAAAGAGCUCAAGGAUAACAUCGAAGAGCUGGUAAGAAGGGGAUACCUAUCCCAGUACAGGGUUCGACAGGAAGGCCAGGGAGGAAAUAAUAGGCAGGGCAGUUCGCAUAGUCAUGCCCCAUAUACACCUACUCAGCCAGGGUAUGCACAGCCCACUGGUAGGAUUGAACAGGCACCACCAUCCCGGCAAGAAAUCCGGUCAUUACCGGAAACAGGCAAAGAUGGGGCCGAUAGGGGAAAGAGACCCACGGUUUGGGUGAUCUCUGGAGGGCCCGUGCAUGGAGGUACAGUCAGCGGGGCAAUAAGAAAUCUAGAGGAGCACAGGCAUUUGGUGAGUUACCAUAGCGCAAGGAAAUGGCCGGAACCAAUCCCCCUACCGGUCAUCACGUUCACCUCGGACGAUUGUCGCGGCAUUAUAUAUCCCCAUGAUGACCCGCUGGUAUUGGAACUCGAGAUAGCAAACUUCCCCGUCAAGAGAUGCCUGAUUGAUGGAGGCAGCUCUGCGAACAUCAUAUUCUGGGAAGCUUUCACCCAGCUGAACAUAGAUCACGGAGAGUUAGCAAGGGUGAGCUAUCCCGUUAUCGGAUUCUCUGGAGCCAGCGUCUAUCCAGAAGGCAGUAUCCGUCUACCGGUUCAAGUAGGUAGAGGAUCAUCAGCCAGGGACUUAAUGGUCGACUUUUUGGUGAUAAAAGUACCAGCAGCGUAUAACGUAAUAAUUGGUCGACCAUUCAUUCAUGACGCACAGGCGGUGGUGUCCACAUAUCAUUUGACCAUGAUAUAUCUCUCAAAUCUGGAAAGAACAGAAAGGGUACAUGGCAGUCAGGAGACUGCCAGAUCGUGUUAUCUGACAGCGAUAAAGGCACCAGGAAGGAUGGUGCCGAAAACCAACCUUGCCCGAGAAGAAAACAUGCCAACCAAAAGAAAGAGAGGGGAUCUGAGCAUGGAAAUUUUUGAUGAAAGGCCGGUUUGCAUCCCAAGGCCGGCUGCAGAGGGAGAAACUCGGGAAAUUGAAUUGGUAGAAGGAGUUCCAGAAAGAACGGUACGAAUAGGUGCCGAUAUAGAGGCAGAUCAGCAGGUCAAUCUCAUCGGCCUGUUACGAGAAAAUGCAGACGUCUUUGCCUUCUCUGCAGAUGAAAUGCCCGGUAUCAGCCCAGACAUCAUAGUGCAUCGUCUGAAUGUAGACAAGUCAGUCAGGCCGGUAAAGCAAAAGAAGAGAAAUUUCUCCAGUGAAAAAAAUGCUGCAAUAAAAGAAGAAGUGGAAAAACUGCUGGAAGCAGGGUUCAUAGAAGUUUGUGACUACCCCGAAUGGUUGGCCAACGUAGUCAUGGUAAAAAAGUCAAAUGGCAGUUGGCGAAUGUGCGUAGAUUUUACCAAUCUGAAUGGGGCGUGCCCCAAGGACUGCUAUCCAUUGCCACGAAUCGAUAGACUGGUAGAUUCAACAAGUGGCCACGCUCUUUUGAGUUUCCUGGAUGCCUUCUCAGGGUAUCACCAAGUCAGCUUGUGUAAAGCCGAUAGAAAGAAGGCCGCCUUCAUCACAUAUUCAGGGGUAUACAGCUAUAAGGCUAUGCCAUUUGGGCUGAAGAAUGCGGGAGCAACCUACCAGAAGUUGGUGGAUAGGGUAUUUGCUUCCCAGAAAGGGAGGAACAUAGAGGUAUAUGUGGAUGACUCAAUAGUUAAAAGCCGAUUGGCCAGCGACCACAUCGACGACUUGAGAGAAACUUUCGAAACUCUGAGGAGGUUCAGGAUGAAGUUAAACCCCAAGAAAUGUGUAUUCGGGGUCCGAUCAGGAAAGUUCCUGGGUUUCCUAGUAAGCGAAAGGGGAAUCGAUGCCAAUCCAGAUAAGGUAGAUGCAAUUAUGAAUCUACCAGAACCCGGUUGCAUAAAAGACGUGCAAAAGUUAACAGGAAGAAUGGCCGCAUUGACCCGGUUCAUUAGCAAAUCAGCAGAUAGGUCGUUGCCCUUUUUCAACGUGUUAAAGCAAAACAAGAAAUUCAAGUGGGGAGAAACAGAAAGAGCGGCCUUUGAGGCAGUAAAACGGCACCUGCAAGUCCUACCCACAAUAGCUCGACCAGAGGAAGGGGACACGCUUCAGCUAUACAUAUCUGCUUCUCAACACACAGUAGCAGCAGUUCUGAUCAUAGAGAAAGAUAAAACACAGAUACCGGUGUACUUUGUCAGCCACGUCCUGCAAGAAGCAGAAACGAGGUACUCUUUGAUAGAAAAGUUGGGGUUGGCAGUAUUGAUUGCAGCCAGAAAGCUGAGACCUUACUUUGAUGCACACGGGAUCCAAGUCCUCACAAACUACCCACUGGAAAAAGCAAUGCAAAAAAUGGACACAUCAGGUAAACUCCUAAAAUGGGCGAUUGAACUAUCAGAGUUUCACAUGGAAUAUCGGCCCAGAAUGGCUAUAAAAGCCCAAGCACUGUCUGACUUCAUAGUCGAAGCAUCAUACCAGGAGGAGGAAAUAAAGGAAGGAAUAUGGGAAGUAGCAGUAGACGGCUCGGUCACCAAAUCAGGGUCAGGAGCAGGGGUAAUAGUUACCUCACCAGAAGGAGACCAGUUCGAGUAUGCUAUUAAGUUCUCUUUCCAGGCAUCAAACAACGAGGCAGAAUACGAGGCCGCAAUCGCUGGCAUACAGAUCUGCGCGGCAGCUGGUGCUCGUAGGCUCAGGCUCACAACCGACUCACAGCUGGUAGCAAACCAGUUCUCAGGAGAAUAUGAAACGAAGGAAGAAUCCAUGAAACGAUACGCCGAAAAGCUUAAACAGUCAGUGGCACAGUUGGAAAGCUUCGAAAUAAAAUUAGUACCCCGAUCAGAGAACAUGAUGGCAGACUCCCUGUCAAAACUGGCCAGCUCAAGUGCUCUGGUAAAAUCAGUAAUGAUGGAAGUCAUGCAUCGAAGGAGCACUAAAGUAUUGGGAAAAAAGGUCAUGGUAAUCACGAGCCAACCUGAAUGGUAUGACACCUUGUGGGCAUACAAGAGAGAUGGAACCCUGCCUGCAGAAAAAACGGAAGCAAGAAGGUUGAUUAGAAACUCAUGCUGGUUUGUAAUCAUCAGAGGCCAACUCUACAAACGGGGUUUUAGCUUGCCUCUGUUACGAUGCAUAUCAGCAUACGAAUCGGCACGACUGAUCGAAGAAGUACAUGAAGGAGUGUGUGGAAAUCAUCAGGGAGGAAAAACCCUUGCACUGAAAUGCCAAAGGCAAGGAUACUACUGGCCGACAAUGCUAACAGACGCACAGGAAUACGUCAAGAAAUGCGAAAAAUGUCAAGUUUUUUCAGCAGUCAUCAAUCGUCCUGCAAACGAUCUCAUGCCAAUCCUAAAUCCAAUACCGUUCGCCCAGUGGGGAAUGGACAUUCUGGGACCAUUCACAACGGCAUCCGGUGGAAGAAAAUUUCUGAUAGUGGCAGUCGAUUAUUUCACCAAAUGGAUAGAAGCAGAACCGGUGGCAAAGAUAACUGCAAAUCAGGUCAAAAAGUUCAUAUGGAAAAACUGA